AUAAUAACGGAUCGAAUAACUUUAUGACGUUCGUCUUGUACGCGUGUAAACCGGAAGUCUCCGCGUUACGCGCGCAGUGCAUUAUGGGCCGGUGGCCGGCGGACCGCUGAGUGAGCGAUAUGAGUCCGUCUGUGAAGAUGUGAGCGGGAUCUGACGAUAUUAUGAUCUCCAGGAGCUGCUUUAUUUCAUAUAACAGGGAUCCGCAGUGAUGUCCUCAAAUCAGGGCUCGCCUCCGAUCCCUCAAUCCAGCGAUGGACUCUUCCGGAAGCCCAGGGACCCUUCAGUGGCCCCCAGACACUAUCGAAGGGUGCGCUCCUUACCGGACGUGUGCCCUAAAGAGCCCCCCGGUGAGGCUGGAGCUCUCUGUGAUGGGCCGUCUGUUGUGGCUGACCAGCACCGCUGGACUGUGUAUAACUCUAAAGUGAACCUCCCCGCGGCCCUCAAUGACCCCAGGCUGGCCAAGAGAGAGUCAGACUUCUUCACUAAGACCUGGGGCCUGGACUUCACCGAGACCGAGGUCAUGCCUUCCUUCUACCUGCCCAACAUCAGCCGAGAACACUUCAGCUCGUACCUGCAGGAGACGGCUCAGAGGGAGAAGAUUCACGAGCGCUGUAAGAACAUCUGCUUGAACAAAGACGAUCUGGCAGUGCCCACCAUCACCAAUAAUCACGAUAAAGCCAGAGCUGAACUGGAGCAGGUGCCCAAGAUCUUCAUGAAGCCUGAGUUUGUGCUGAAUGAUCCAGCCACGUUUAACGCAGUGUUGCCGUGGUCUCACUUCAGCGUCGCCGGGGGCAAAAACAGCCGAGAUGUUGCGUCGUCACGGUUACUGCAGGAAAAGUUGAGUCACUAUCUGGACGUGGUGGAGGUGAGCAUCGCUCGGCAGAUCUCUCUCCGCUCUGAGGCUUUUUUUCACGCCAUGUCGUCGCAGCACGAGCUCCAGGAUCGUCUGCGAGAGACGUCCGAUGCUGUGGCCAAGCUCCGCGCACGCACCGCCGCCAUCGACCGCGUGAUGUGCCGUGGGCCGCUACAAGCACUGCGGGACACUCUGACCCGCAACAACUGCAUCAAGCUACACAACAAGCUGAAGCUGAUGGCGGCCGUGCACCAGACGCAGCCCACCGUGCAGCUGCUGCUCUCCACCUCAGAGUUCGUCGGGGCGCUGGAGCUCAUCGCCACCACCAAAGAAGUGCUGCAGCAGGAACUGCAGGGGAUUCACAGCUUCAGGCACCUGGGUUCUCAGCUCUGUGAGAUGGAGAGGUUGAUCGAUAAGAUGAUGGUGGCCGAUUUCUCCACGUACACUCAGAGCGAUCUCAGUCGAGCCUUUGAGGAGGACGCUCAGGUCCUGGAGAAGGAUCGCUUGCAGUCUCUGGUCUUCGGCCUGUUGAGACAGAGGAAGCUGGAUUUCCUGGACAUCUACAGCGAGGAGAUGAUCCGAGCAGCUAAAAACAUCGUUCGACAGUGUGUUAUGAAGUCUGUGUCGCAGAUCAGUGAGAUCGAUGCAGACACUGUCAAAUUUCACGAGCAGAUGCGCUUGAUGACGUUUCAUCAGUGGUUUGAUCUGCUGCUGGAUAUUUUUGAGCACUUCAUCCUGUUCCUCAAGAGGAUCAAGGCUACGCUCAGCGUCAUCCGCAACGUGGUGCUGGAGGUGCUGGACAGCAGCCAGAGGAGUCGGCUAGCAGACGCCAAUCAUUCUGACGGCAGGACCAAUGAGGAGGAAGAGGAGGCGGAGUCUGGAGGCCCCGCCCUUCAUUCAGGAGAGGCGGAGCUUGCAUAUCUCACUCACGAGGGGCUGUUCAUCAGCGAUGCGCUGAAUGAAGCGGAGCAACGCAGUAAUGCAGCAGCACACGCACAGCUGAGAGCACAGACACACACAGAGACCUGUGGGAGCGACUCGGCCUCCGUAACCACCGAAUCAUCCUCCAGCAGGGAACACAACUCCAACACUACCUCCUCCCUGCCCAUAGGAGGCGCUGCUGCCAUUAGUGAGGACGUCAUGCCGUCUGAUCUGGAGUUGAGUCGGGUGGCCAGUAACGUUCAGGAGCUGCUGUACACGGCAUCAGACGUCAGUCACGACCGCUGCGUCAAAGUGCUGAUGACCCGAGCCAAGGACGGCUCUCUGGAGCGCUUGAGCGCGUCAGAGUUUGUGUGUUUGAGUCAAGCGGUGGAGUCGUUCGUCAGAGACACUGAAGAGCUGUGUGGCCGGCGCAGCAUGAGCCUGAGGGGGGCGCUGCAGAGUCAGGCCAACCGCUUCGUGCAGCGCUUCCAUGAAGAGCGCAAGACUAAACUCAGUCUGCUGCUGGAUAACGAGCGCUGGAAGCAGGCCGAGGUCCCGGCUGAGUUUCAGGAUCUGGUCGACUCCAUCGCUGACGGACGCAUCAUGCUGCCCGAGCGCAGACACACAGGGUCCGAGGACAGGAAGCCCGGUGAGUUUCUGUGCGUCGAUGCGCAGAAGUACGCUGUGGUGGGGACGGUGCUGCUGCUGAUCCGGAUGUUUCUGGAGUACUGCCAGUGUGUGAACGACAUCCCCUCCAUCACCACCGACAUUCUCACACGCCUCGCCGACCUGCUCAAGCACUUCAAUUCUCGCAGCUGUCAGCUGGUGCUGGGGGCGGGAGCUCUGCAGGUGGUGGGCCUGAAAACCAUCACCACCAGAAACCUGGCUCUGGCGUCUCGCUGUCUUCAGUUGGUGGUUCACUACAUCCCUGUGAUCCGAGCACACUUUGAGACCAGACUGCAGCCCAGACAGUACAGCAUACUGAGACACUUGGACCACAUCACCAAGGACUACAACGAUCACAUCGCGGAGAUCUCUGCCAAGCUUGUGGCCAUCAUGGACAGUAUGUUUGAGAAGGCUCUGUCUAAGUACGAGGUGAAGGCGCCGAUGCCGUCUGCGUGUUUGCGUAAUGUGUGUAAACAGAUGGCUAAGAUGCACGAGGCUAUUAAUGAGCUGUUACCAGAGGAGCAGACGCAGAUGCUGUUCCUCAGGAUAAACGCCAGCUUUAAGCUGCAUCUGAAGAGACAGUUAGCGCGGCUGGGAGUCGGCAAUGAUGGUGGACCUCAGUAUGGGCUGGUAAUGGUGGAUGUGGCGUUUUACUCAGAGAACGUGCAGGCUCUGCGCUCUCUGGAGCAUCUGGACUUAAACAUGCCGGAGAUCUGGGAGCAGAAAAGGUGAUGACGGACAGCUCGUCCCGGCCAAUCAGGCCUCUUUGUCACGCCUACCAUCACGGUGACCAGCUCCGCCCCUGUAUCUGAGGAGGACGUGAAGAGACUCAGGACUCGAGGUCUUGUGUGUUUGAAUCCCUCGAGACACUGGAGUGACCGCUGGUGACAGACGCACUCUUCAGGGCUGUGAUUCAGAGACUUCUGUACUAACAGGACGUGCCCCGGAGGUACUGACAGACUUCUUGUGGAGACCAAAUCAGGACAAGCUUGAGUGGUUGAUCAGUCGCUCAUAGGAUUUGUGGGGAACAUGUGUUUUGUUGUCGUAAAGCGGAGACGCCUCAGUGCCUCCUCCAGUAACGCCACUACAGUGCAUCUUUCCAUUUGUGUGCAGUUCUGUCUGAUUAUUAUUAUUAUUAUUGCUGAAUUAUUUAAUCACAGUCAGAGGAAUCAAGGAAUGGUUAUUUAUUUGAAUCGAUUUUGUUGUUGAUUGAUCAAUCAUGGUUUUUUUCACAUAAAUCUUUCAGGUGAUAACAUCUAUUUGGAGAUCUGGAGCUAAAAAGGGUUUUAAACACAUUUGGCUGAUUUGUUCUCUGAUUUUUCACCCAUAUAAAUAUGGCUGAGUUGAAGGAUUAAAACUUAAAGGGUUAAAGGUCAAGGAUUGCAGUCCAUCUGUUUAAAUGAAGUCUGCUUUAUAUGAUCUACAUGGAGAUCUUCUGUACUCCUCUUCAACAAAAUCAGAUAAAGUCUUUUACAUUAAUCAGGUUUAAUCAAAACUAUUGAAGAUAUUGGUAACACUGACUUCCAGAACCAUAUUAUACUAAAUUAUAUUAGAAAAAGAAAUUAAAAUGAAGUUUAAAGUCAGAGGAGAAAUGAAGAAGAGAGUCCUACUGUGUUCUUGCAGAGAUGAGAUGCAGCCGAGUCUCGAAAUGAAAUAAUUGUUCAUGGAGAUUCAUCAUUAUACCUUCUUGUCCAUGCAAACUAGAGCAUUAACUUGAUUUCUCCAGCAUCCACAUGUUACUGUCACUUUGUCUCUUCUCCAGUGCUACUUUGAAUAAAUCGAGGCCUGUGAUUGGUUGUUGAGAAUGGAAA